AUAUAAUCGCUAAUCAUUACUCACUACUUUUUAAACCCUCGCUUCACCAUCACCAUGAAGGUCUCUAUGAUUCUCGGCUUUGCGUCUAUCGCUGCCGCCCUGCCCGCCGUAAUCGCUCCAGCUGAGACGCGCAACGUCGUUGUGAGCGACACGUCAGUGGUAAACGAACACUCCGCCCAGCCCCUCGAGAAUGCAACCAUUGCCCCAGUUCUGAUGACAAGGGAGGACUUUGAAAGAGUCGUCUCUUGGCCUAGCACAUCUGUCAUUGGCGGUGGCACUAGCUUCCAGUAUAAGGCAGAGCCCCUGGGAAACGACCAGUUCAAGAUCACCUUCUACCACAGCGCCCCGUUCAGCAAUCUCACCUUCAAGUACACCGUCUACGCAGGUGAUGGAAUCAUUGCCAGUGAGACCCUGUCGGCCGGAACGAGCUCCAAGUCUGUGCAAGUCAGCCGUAUCGGCGAGAGCUUCCGCAUCGUUAUUCAGUCGGUUUAAACCAUUAACGGCUCUCUGGAUUAUCGAGCAGUGGGACCAACCACAAUCGAAUACGAUACGACAAGAUACAGAAGCGAUUGCUGGGUGGACUUACGAAUGUGGGCGAGAAACAUCGAUAAAUUUGGAGUGGCUGUUUGCAAUCACCAGGUCAAUCCGCAUGCAAACUCUCGAGGC